AGAGGAGACGUGCAUUGCGGUCAAGCAGUUGCAGUGAGCAGAGAGACUAUCGGUUCUCCGGCAACGCUGGGGAUUGCGCAUAACCUGCAUCAUACUUUAACGGCAGUGUCUGGUUGAGUGGAGGUUAUAGGUGUUAGAAAUCAAGAUUCUUAAAACUACCCUGUGUGGCUGCUGAGAAUGUCAUCUUCCUCCAAGCUUGAGGUUUAAUGCAAGCUGAAAGUGACCGGAGACCGCUGGUUACGACAUGACUUUUCAACAGGGUUUAUCAGACAUAAUUGUAUUCAUGUUCUCCAGUUACAUCCGAAGCAAUUGGAGGACAAAAAUUCCUUCAUACGUUGUUAUCCCUAUUUGUACUCACAAUAUGGGUUCAAAACCAAAAAUGAAGGGAAGAGGAGGAGAAAUAGCAUGGGGUCAUUAGGAAGAAUGGCGUCCGGCGAAAGCUGGAAGUUGAGAAGCCUCCUAUAGGUAGUCAUGUACCAUGGCCAGCUGGACGACUGAGUACUUUCUCGGGUCUACUGUUCGGCUUGGUACCCUGCUGGACUUUGCCCAUAAGCAUGACUUAGGAAUCAACGCGGAGGUGUCUCUAUCUGAAGUAGAUAGACAGUGGUUGUCCGAGUUCGCCCGUCAAUCAGGAUGGCCGGAAGUGGACUUCGACAUUCAACGUCUGAACUCGCAGGCUCUUCUUGCCCAUUGGCGUGUCCUUGUCGGUCUACUGAAACACAUUCCAAGGGAUCGACAAGUUUACUUCUUCAACCUGGACAAUCAGCGUACCUCUAGUACCGUCCCGGCUGUGGCUGGGUUACAUGUUCAAAGCCCUGACGUGGAGCAUCCAACUACCCCGACACCCCCGGUUGUGGCAGUGACGGAACCUGCAGGAAGUGGAACGGUUCAUGCUGUUUCUAAUGUACGGAACAUGUCUGUUAGGGAGUAUCUGGCAGUAUCCGGACAGGCAAACCUUUCGUUGGCUUGGGGGAACACAUCCCAGGCGUCAGGGCGACCAGUAACGACCAGGAUUUCGGCCUUCGAUUCUCAUUUUCACCUGGACCGGUCUCUAGUGAAAUUGGUUAUGCCGUAUUACUCAGAUAUCCGGACCAUUCUGGAUGCAGAUGUAGGGAUCAGACCCCAAGUUGAAGUGGAUGUGGUAGGAGGUGUCCUGAUCUAUUGUGACCCCGAACCGAACCAGCAGAUACUUGGGGGCUACAGGAGGAAGUUCUGACAAGGAUACUAGAGUUGUCAUCCCCUUGUCAACCAAUCAUCCUUCAUAUCCGGGAUGGGGAGGAUCGGCAGUCCGGAGUGCUCUAUGUCUUGAAUUAUUAAAGCCCAAUGUUGCUCGGACGCAGAAAGUGGUGCUGCAUUGUUUCACCAGCGCGCAAGAGGUAGUGGUCAGCUGGUGUAAGGCAUUCCCUAAUUGUUUCUUCAGUACUCAGGACAAGCCCGGCUUUUCUCGGAGGCGCAGAAACAGGCAAUCCUGAGGGUCCCGGCGAACAGGCUGUUGAUCGAAACUGACUCGCCAUACUUUCGACCAGCUGGGGCUCAGAUGUGCACUCCAUCCUUUUUAGGGGACGUGGCCAACGUUAUUGCGUCAUAUCGGGAUAGCGAGGUCAGGGUAGUGUGCCAGCUGACCUUGAGGAAUUCCACUCAACUGUUUGGGCUAUAAAUAGCAUAAUGUAAUAUGACAUUCGUGUGGCCAAUUAUUGAAUUUUGAAUAUGGAGUUUUAAUGUUUAGGACACUAAUUUUAACAGAAAGGAUCGCAACUGAAGUGUAUAGACAAUGAAUGGAAGUGAAAGUUUGGAAAAACUCCGUUGUUAAUUAUAAGUUUAAAGAAAAACUAUAUACUGGGCACAAUUUACUCCUCUAGUCUGUGUUAGUGGACAAUUAAUGGAGCAUUGCAGAAUUGAAUACAAAAUAAAGUAUCACCAGGGCCCGGAACUUUAGUGUAGGCCAAAUUUUUGAUGCAGUAACAAGUUACCAAGACUGAAAAAGGACUCUAUGGCUCUUUCCCGUUGGAUAAAAUGGGGAGGAGUGUGGUAAAUUUACUGGUGUGUAACCGGAACGGUACGACAGAGACUAAUCGAUUGACCGGAAACGAAUGCAG